CCAGUCCCUCCAUGCCCGUCGAAUGCUUGCUUUGGUUGUCCUUGCCAUCCAUCUCGUGGGUGUGGUUUAAGUGCUUGCAUAUGAACCAUGGACGCACUAACCAAAAGAGGUUAGGACUGGAUCUUCCAGCUGUCACUGAGCACCUUUACGGCCUGGGGAAGCAUUUAGUGUAAAAUCAUCCGAGCCCAACACGAACGUUCAUCAUCAACCUUCAACAUACCUAUGUACACGUCUUGGUCAAUCCCAAAAAAGCAGGGAAAUCAGACGUAUGCUUCCCGUAGGUUAAGA